AUGUCGAUCGGCUCCUCUCCGCCAGCUGCGACGGACAUGCCGAACGCCACCGGCGACGAGCCGACGACGGCGCUGCACCUGCUCCGGUCGUUCAAGGAGUGCCAGGAGCGGAGGGUGGCGCACUGGCACGAGUACAACGACGCUUUCUCGACCUACCUCUCCCAACCACCACCACCAGUGACCACAGCAACGGCAGGGCAGGCGGCCUCGACGUCGGCGGCAUCGUCUGAUGCGGCCAACUUGACAUCCCCGUCGUCCGCCGACCAGCAGCGGGCGGCACGCACGCCCCACUCGUGCUCCCACGCCGCCGCCGCCCACGAUGCCGAGGGCGCCCAGAGCGGUGGCAGGAUCGCCAUUAGCGACGACAUGCUCCAGGAGAUCCUGCACCUCGUCACCCAGGGCCUCCUCGAGUGUUCGCACCGCGCCCGCGCCAUCCAGACCGAGCUCGCCCUGCCGCACAUCGACAAGCCGCAGCUGGCCGCGCUCGUCGGUCGCAUCCAGGCGAAAGAAAACGACCUCCUCCGCGCCACGGUCGAGCGGGACCAGCUCAGGAAGGUCGCCCUGUCCCAGCAGAGGGACUUUAACGACAAGAUCGCCUCGCUCGAUGCGAGGAUCGCCUCGUUCAGGGACGACAUCGCCCAGGAGAUGCAGGAGGUUGCCGCCGAGAUGGCCGAGCUCUGA